CGAAGGAGGACGACGCUGCAGGCAUCAGGAAGUAAGUCACAUGUCACUGGUCACAGCCAGGCCCAGCCUGCCCCGAAGGAGGACGACGCUGCAGGCAUCAGGAAACAACUUGUGGCAAGGUUCCACUGCAUCUCCUGCGACCGCCCAGUCGAUAUGCUUACCCCAGGACCGCACUUGGUCACCCUGCCCUCCACUCCUGGCCUACCCUCCCACAAGUCCAACCGACCGUACACCAUCUAUGAGCUUGAGCAGGUUCGCCAGCACUGCAGAAGCGAGCGCAUCCCUGAGAUGGCGGACUACAGUUACCUGGCCAUGUCCCGGAGCUGUGGAGGCAGCCACACCGUGACCUACCCCAACCGCCGCUACACCCGCCUGCAGCACUUCAGCCACUUCCUCCAGGCUGAGGAGGAGACACCGCCCAUCUCCAGCUCCCCACUGCAGAUUCAGCCGGAGGAGGUGGACAUCCUGGGAUUGGACGGACAUAUCUACAAGGGCCGCCUGAAAACCAGAUCGGUCAAGACUGUGGAUGCCAGACUACCCACCAUCUUUCCUAAAGACGCCUCAGGCAGCUCUGUGCGGGACCGGCCCAUGUCUUCUUUAGGCUGCCUGUCCCAGGCUACCCUUCCCCAGAGCUCGUCCGAGCUGCUGCAGCAAGAUCUGGAGCUUCACGUGGACCUGAGCCAGUCGGAGGAAGAGCCCGUCAUCAUCCUGUAGGGGGCGAUGGAGAGCCCCACACACCUUAUUUUAAUAAACCGUUUACAGCAGCAGCAGGAGGGUAUCCUGGUCUCCAUUUUGUAAUGGAGCAUACAGACGUUGUGAAAAUCAAUUCUGAUAUUAGUCAGUUAGGUUAUUUAUGGAUUGUAAUGGAAGAACACAAUUCUGGGACCUAUGAACACUGUCUCCAUGCAACAAAAUAGCUGAGUCACAAAAUAGCUGAGUCACAUUUUCAAAGUGUAGCUUUACAGGUCAGAUACCUUACUUGUGGCUACAUUACGAUUUUGGUUUAUGAUGCCUGAUUUUCAAUGACCUUCAUAGAGAAGCUUUCAGACAGGUGACCUCAAAUACCAGACUGUUUGGAUGCAGAACAAUACCACUAUGGAGCAAUUCAUUUGACAUAUAGGGUCUUAUAGAGAGGUAUCAUCUCACAGACCCAAUUCUCUAGACAGUUUCCUAGAAGGAGGGGCUUUGCUUACACACAUUUUGUGUCAAUGAGAAAUAUGAUGUAUAUCUAUCUCUAUCCAUGCCUUACACACUCAGUGGCCAGUUUAUUAGGUACACCCAUCUAGUACCGGGUCGGACCUCCCUUUGCCUCUAGAACAGCCUGAAUUCUUCAGGGCAUGGAAACAUUGCUCAAUUGGUAUCAAGGGAUCUAACUUUGGCAGGAACACGUUCCCCACACCAUUAUACCACUGCCACCAGCCUGUACCGUUGACAGCAGGCAGGAUGGGGCCAUAGACUCAUGUGGUUACGCCAAAUCUUGACUCUGUCAUCAGCAUGAUGCAACAGGAACCGGGAUUCGUCGAACCAGGCAACAUUUUUACACUCAUCAAUAGUCCAGUGUUGGUGAUCGCGUGACAACUGGAGCUGCUUGUUUUAAGCUGAUAGGAGUAGAACCUGGUGUGGUCGGCUGCUGCAAUAGCCCAUCCGUGACAAGGAUCAAUGAGUUGUGCAUUCAAAGUCGCUUAGGUCACUCGUUUUUUUUUUCAUUCGAACAUUAACUGAAUUCCUGGAUUCCUGUCUGCCUGCUUUAUAUAGCAAGCCACGGCCUCCUGACUCGUGAAAGAGGUGGUGUACCUAAUAAACUGAGUAGAAGUGAUCCCUUUCAUAGCAUUUGGACGUAUUCAGGAGUAAUGAUGCUACUGAAAGGUAUUUCAGGAGAGUAUUUAAGACAGGCAGUUAAUCUGAAUGUAAGAUUUCCAUUUGUUUUCAAAGAUAAAUGGGCCUUCAUGGAAUAUGUGAUGUAUGUCUCAUAUGAUGUCCAUAUAACUGUUAUGUGAACAUAUGUUGACUCAUUGACUGUCUGCAAUGAAUUUUACUUGUGGUACGUAAAUAUAUCUGUACUGUUCUACACAACCCCACCAUCACAUGCAUAUAAUUUGACUGUGAAGGCACAUUUUGUGAGCCACACUGUUAUGACACACAGUUUCAGACACGUAACACGUUUAACUGGGCUGGAUACACAGUUCUAACCACAUCCUUCCUCAAUU